AUGGCCGAAUUAGUGGUCUCUGCCUUCCUUCAAGUAUUAAUUGAUAGGAUGGUAUCCCGCGACUUUGUUGAUUUCCUAAGGGGACGAAAACCCAGUGACGAACUCUUGUACAAGUUGAAGAAUGCAUUGCUAUCUGUGGGAGCGGUGCUCGAAGAUGUUGAGGACAAACAAGUUACCAAUUCUAGUGUGAAAACAUGGCUUGAUGAGCUGAAGCAUGCUGUCUAUGAUGCAGACGACGUUUUGGAUGAGAUUGCUACUAAAGCCUUACAAUCCAAAUUAGAUGUUGAAUUUGGAACCAAAAUUGCAAGUAAGAAUGUCCUGGGUCUAGUACAAGCUAGUACCUUCAGAAGGAAACCAUCUGAAACUACUUCUUUGGUAGAAGAUUCAGAUAUUUGUGGCAGAAAUGAUGAUAAGGAUGAAAGAAUUAAGAAGUUACUUCCUAAUGAUGCUAGUGACAAUAAGAUAGGUAUGAUUGCCAUAGUCGGCAUGGGGGGACUGGGCAAGUCCACCAUUGCUCAGCUUGUAUACAAUGACAAAAAGGUCCAAAAGCAUUUUGACCUUGUAGCAUGGGUUUCUGUUUCAGAGGAAUUUGAUAUGUUUAAAGUAACGAAAUCAAUUCUGGAAGCAGUAGUGCCUUCCUCGACCAAAGAUAUUCAAGAUCUAAAUCAGCUUCAACUUAAACUAAAAGAGAAGUUGAUGGGAAAGAAAUUCCUAUUCGUCUUGGACGAUGUUUGGAAUAGGAAUUACACUGAAUGUGAGAUAUUAAGUAACCCCUUUAAAUCUGGGACACAAGGAAGUAGGAUCAUCAUGACAACACGCGAUGUUGAUGUUGCAUCAGCCAUGCGUGCUUUUGAAAUCCAUCAUCUCAAGGAGUUACAAGGCGAGGAUUGUUGGAAACUAUUUGCAAGACAUGCAUUUCUGCAUGAUGCUAACUCCUACAUGCAUUCAGAGUUUGAAGAGUUAGGUCGACAAAUUGUUGAAAAAUGUAAAGGUCUACCUUUAGCAAUAAAAACAAUUGGGGCCCUCUUGCGAUCCAAAGGACUUGUAGUUAGUGAAUGGGAGAAGGUUUUGAAUAGUGAGAUUUGGAGUUUGUCAAAUGAAAUUCUUCCUGCUCUAAGAUUAAGCUAUAAAGACCUUCCCUCAUAUAUAAAACGGUGCUUUGCUUACUGUUCAGUAUUUCCGAAAGACCAUCCGUUCAAGAAAGAUGAAUUAGUUUUAUUAUGGAUGGCAGAAGGUAUUCUUCACGAAAUUGAAAACAAAACAAUGGAAGCAGUUGGUAAUGAUUACUUUGACACUCUUGUAUCAAGAUCAUUAUUUCAAAAGUCGAAUGAAGAUGAACUAUGUUUUGUGAUGCAUGAUCUCAUCAAUGACUUGGCAAAAUUUGUGUCUGGUGAAUUUACAUUUAGGUUGGAGGUUGAUAGCCGUUCUCAUUUAAAUGUUAACAAGACUAGUCAUGUGUCGUAUGCUAGAGAUUUUUAUGAGAAAUUUAAUAAGUUCGAGGCUCUUCGAGAAGUUAUGCAAUUGCGUACAUUUUUGGCAUUAGAAUCGUCAACACCUUGUUACCACACAACUAAAAAAUUGUUCUGUGAUUUAUUGCCAAUUUUAAGUUGUGCACGGGUGCUCUCCCUAUCUAACUACAGGUAUAAGUUUGAGUUGCCAGAAUCAAUUGGAAAAAUGACACAAUUACGUUAUUUGAACCUUUCUAGUAUGUCACUUAAAAGGUUGCCUGAUUCUUUAUGCAAGUUGUAUAAUUUGCAAACAUUAAGGUUAUAUCAUUGUAGAGAGCUAGAAACAUUGCCAAGAGACAUGCAAAAACUCGUUAAUUUACGCCAUCUUGAUUUGACUAAAACUCCCUGCAUAAUGGAAAUGCCGAUGCAUAUGGGCAAACUAAAAUGUCUCCAGACAUUAACCAAGUUUGUCGUUAGCAAACGCACUGGGUGUAGCAUUAAAGAAUUGGGAGAGCUUGCAAAUCUUCGAGGAGCACUUUCUAUCUUGGAUCUUGAAAAUGUUGAAUCUUUCAAAGAUGCAGAAGGUGCACGCUUGAGGAAUAAAAUGGACCUUAAAGACUUACCAGCACUUGGGCAGCUAUCCUCUUUACAAAACCUCUCUAUUGUUGGUUUUGAUGGAAUUCUGGCAGUGGGUGAAGAGUUUUACGGAAGUACUUCUGGUUCUUCUUCUAUCAAGCCGUUUGGGGCAUUGAAAGUCUUAAAAUUUGAGCAGAUGUUGAAUUGGGAGAAAUGGUCUUCGUUUGGUGAUGAAAAUGAAGGAGGAGCUUUCCAUCAUCUUGAGGAGCUUUCUAUUCAGAGAUGCUCAAAGCUAACGGGAGAUUUGCCCAUUCACCUUCCUUCUUUGGGUAUCCUUGAGAUUAUAGACUGUCCAAAGAUGCUGGCUUCACUCCCAAAGUCUCCGACUAUAUGUGAAUUGAAGCUGAUAAAUUGUAGGAAGGAUAUAUUAAGGGAACUGCCACUUCACGUUACGGAGAAGCUCACAAUUGAUAGAUUUGAUGCAGUGGAUAUGUCUGUUCUAGUGGGUGGUCUACCCUCUACAUUAAAAUUUCUUGAAAUAAAAAAUUGGAAGAAGUUAGGGCUCCCUAUAAACUUGGACUAUUCAUGCCUUGAAGUUUUGAAGUUGUUCGAUUGUGAUUCUCUCAGGUCCAUUCCAAUGGAUUUAUUCCCAAAUGUUAAGAAUCUGACAAUCUCGAGGUGUAGGGAUCUAGAAUCUCUUACAGUUGCAGAACAAGUACAUCAACUUGAUUUAGUGGCCUUGUCGUCUCUAACUAUCGAAGAGUGUCCUAAUUUUGUGUCAUUUCCGAGAGGAGGAUUGCAUGCCACCAACCUUGGAUUCUUACAGAUCGAGGAUUGUUUGAGUUUGAGAUCGCUACCUGACAAGAUGCACAUGCUUCUUCCAUCUCUUACUCAAAUUACUAUACAAAGGUGUACAAAUAUUGAGACGUUUCUAGAAGGGGGCUUGCCUUCCAGUCUGAAUGAACUUUAUAUUACGAAUUGUGACAAACUCGUUGAGAGUCGGAUGAGGUGGAGUUUGCAUAAUCUUGCCCCUCUUAGAUAUUUGUCAAUUUGGGGUGGAUCGAAAUUAGAUGUGGUGUCUUUUCCAGAGAAGGGGUUGCUUCCCACAAAUCUGAUUAUUUUUCGAAUUUCUGGAUUCUCAAAUUUGACGACGUUGGACAAUAAUGGCUGGAGUGCAUCUCAGAAGAAGGGCUUCAAUGCCUCACCUCACUUGAAAAUCUGUCAAUCAGAGACUAUCCAAAGCUGGAGUACCGCAUGUUAG